UGUUUACCAUUUGGAGUCUCUCGUUCGUUUUUCCUGAACAAAGUCGCUCCCGCUUUCUCCCCCUGUCAUCUCUGUCUCUCGAUCCAUCCAUUGCUUGAUCUUAUAUUAGAGGUCUAGGAUUCAACAACCCAGAUUCAAAGAAUUUGUUUCGUACCGAAUUAGGAUCUGCAUCCCCAUUUUUUCAAUUUUGCUGCUUCUCUUCUUAUACUUUGGUUUUUGCAACAAAUUCCAGCUUUCUUAAUCUCUUGUUUCAUCUUUUGAUUUAGGCGAAGUAUUCUGUCAAUCUCGUGUGUGUAUUUGCUUCCUAUUGGUUCUGCGCCUACAAACAGUGGAGAGUGGGACAUGGCUAGUGAAGAUUUCUUCUUGAAUUUGUCGCCCUUGCCUUCCCCUAGGUGGUCGCCUCUACGCUUGACUCCGUCACCACCACGGCCUUUUCUACCCUCGUCCAGUUCAAUGGUCAUGCAGUAUCAAGGGUGUAAUCAAUCCAUGGACGAUCCGCCACAAAAACAAGAGCACGACCACAUCGUCGACCCGCCACCGUACUUGGCCGGAGACUCGGCGCUGUUGCAGCAGCAGCUACGUAAGAACAAUCAGGGCUUUGAAGAAUUGAAUAUGGGUUUUGAAGAAGAAUCCGAGAAGGAGAUGAUGAACUGUUUCUAUUUCCCUCCGUCGCCCACAUAUUUCCCUCUGUAUCGGCAGAUGCCUACUGUUUUUUUCGUUUCUACUAGUAAUAUACAGGACAUCAGCUUGGCGCUGUCUUGUCAGCACAUAAUUGAGGCCAAGAGCGGUGCGUUGCAUGUGCUCAACGCGGUGGAACGCAGGCACAUCGUUGACCUGCUGAUCGAUGGCUAUAAAUCUUACGUGGUAAACAAGUUCGGUGAUUUGUAUCAAACAGCAAGGGCGGCGGGCGUGGUGCCCGAAGUUGUGGAGUCGUUGCUGGAUACCAUAGUGCAUGAGCUCACGCUGCGCACCGAUGGCAUCGAAAUGACAUUAAGGCGGAUUAACUGGUUGGAACAACACGACGAGGACAUGGUUGACCAGCCGGUCUUUGAAGUAGUGGGCGUCGCGCAGCAACUAAUUCAGAAUAAGGGCGGUGAGUUGGAUGUGAUCUUUGGAGGGGGAGUUUGCAUGAUAAACGGGCUGGAACGCAGAGACAGUCAAGGCACGCCUACGACUCCGGAAACAUUGCUUAUUUGUCCGGUCAAGCACUCCGUAAGAUUGUGGCUGGGACACGGCGGCCAAUGGGCGGCCGAGGCUCGUUACAGGUGUAAUCGCCUCAACAUUGGCAGUUUCACAACUGUGGAGGACGCCAUCUCAGCUUAUGAGCUGGUAAGAAGGCAAAGUGGAUGGAUUGAUCUUACUGGUUUCCCUGGACUCUUCGAAAAUGGAAACAGAUCAAAAUUGCCACCACAGUUGCCACCGACAGCACAAGAAGAAAAACGAGGUGAGGAUUUUGGAUUGGUGCGCUGCAAUGCCACGGGGAAUGAUGAAAUUGAGGCAGUUGGAACUGGUAGUGAGGGAACAGGGGAAUGUGUAUUGGCAGAUCAAGCUCGGUUGAAUUCCGUGUGUUUGGAAAAAAGGAAAACAAAGGAAAAGAACCCAAGAGGGGAGAAAAGAAACCAGAAAACAAAUGGAGUUAGAAUAGCCAUUCCUCUGGAGAAUAUCUUACAAACCAAGGGAAUGCGUUGUAAAGAUGCUGCAAAGCAUCUCAAAGUUAGCAUCACUAAAUUGAAGAGUUCUUGUCGGGAGUAUGGUAUCCAGAGAUGGCCACCUCACAAUGAACACAAGCUUAUUAGGCAAUCUCUCCCUAAUGCAACUCCCGCGGUUGUUGAUCAAGAGGGAAUCCCACACUUGACUUCUGAUAUUGUGCCUUCUAAUCAAGCCUUGAAAGCUACUGUUGACACAAAUAAUUUUUUCGAAAAGGAAAUUCUGCUGCCGCAGCUUUUGCCUACAACUCAACAAGAGAACCCUGAUGUGGGUUUCGACAAUGAUGAAGAUGAGGCAAUUGGAAUGGAGGUUGCGGGAACAAUGGAAGGUGCAAUGGUAGAGGCACAAUUGUAUUAUGGGUGUUCAGGGAAUGGGAAAUGGAAGGAAAAGAGCCCAAGAGGAGAGAGAGGUAAGAACAGAACUACUGGAGUCAGAAUUGCGAUUGCAAAGGAGGAUAUCUUACAAACUAAGGGAAUGCGUCUUAAAGAUGCUGCAAAGCAUCUAGAAGUUAGCAUGACUAAAUUGAAGAGUUCUUGUCGGGAGUAUGGUAUUCAGAGAUGGCCACCUCACAAUGAACACAAGCUUAUUAGGCAAUCUCUCCCCAAUGCAACUCCCGCGGUUGUCGAUCAAGAGGGAAUCCCACACUUGUCUUCUGAUAUUGUGCCUUCUAAUCAAGCCUCGAUGGCUACUGUUGACACAAAUAAUUUUUUCGAAAAGGAAAUUCUACUGCCACAACUUUUGCCUACAGCUCGACAAGAGAACCUUGAUGUGGGUUUUGGCAACGAUGAAGAUGAGGCAAUUGGAAUGGAGGUUGUGGGAACAAUGGAAGGUGUAAUGGUAGAGGCACAGUUGUAUUUUGGGUGUUCAGGGAAUGGGAAAUGGAAGGAAAAGAGCCCAGGAGGAGAGAGAGGUAAGAAUGGAACUACUGGAGUCAAAAUUGCGAUUGCAAAGGAGGAUAUCUUGCAAACUAAGGGAAUGCAUCUUAAAGAUGCUGCAAAGCAUCUCGAAGUUAGCCGAUCUACGUUCAAGCGAGCAUGUAGAGAGCAUGGUAUCGAGAGAUGGCCACCUCACAAGGAACGCGAGCUUAUCAGUCAAUCUCACUCCAACAAAUCUUCUGCGGUUGUUGAUCAAGAGCGGACCCCACAAUUGAAUUCCAAUACGCUGCUGCCUUCUGCUCAAGUCUCAGAUACUAUUGGUACAAAUAUUGUGACUAUAAUGGCAAGGUAUGGAGAAGUAAGAAUAAAGUUUCGGCUGUCUUGGCCGUGGAGAAUGGUAGAGCUGGAACAACAAGUGAAAAAGAGGCUGCCACUCGAGGCUGGAACUUAUUACAUCAAAUACAAAGAUGAGGACGAUGGGUUGAUGACUUUAAUAGCUUGCGAUGAGGAUUUAGAGGAUUAUAUCUCCAGUUCUAGCCGGCUGGGCACCCAUCCGAUUGAGGUAUUUCUUGAGCCCAAACUAGCUAGCUCAUGAGUUACGCGUUAACCAACUUUAAUCUCGGUACUGUAGAAUUGGUUGGUUAAACAGUCCAGAUCUAUUGCACAGGAGAAGUGCAUUUAGAAAUUCUCCAAUGGCUUGGUAUUUGAGUUGCUAUUGUUAUCGUCUCAAAAUUUAGUGCUUCAAAUGGUAUGUCGUACAAAUUUGAGGACAAAGGGUUGAUUUUAAUAGCUUGUAAUGAGGAUUUACAGCAUUACAAAUCCAAUUCUAGACUGUUGGGCACCUGCUCAAUUGUUGUAUUUCUUGAGUUAAAGUAGCCGUUUAAUUACGUCGACCAACUUGAAUCUUGUAAAUUAUUGCAAUUAUAGUGUUUAUCCCGAAAUCACGUGUUUGGUUCAAAA